AUGUCGACAUUAGGCUUUGUAGAGGAUAAUACCCCCGCGCCAGAUAUCCCGUUGAAACCAACAACCCACCAGAAACUUCAAGUGAAGAGCAGCUCAAAUGGUGCAGGAGGAGAUGAUGAUAAGACUGAGAAGAGCGGAAAUAACGGAAAUAAGAGCACCAAGGAAGGUACCAUCAAUUCAUUUGAUGGACAUUCAGGUGUAGUAUCUCUUUCAUAUGAUCAAGUCAAUGAUAAUGCCGAUGAAUUGGUAGAACUUCGUGGGGAAGGACGAUACUUUGGAGUGACGGACAUUGGGAAUGCCAUCAAUUCUCAACAAUCCUUGGGACCCUUGUGUGCCAAUUGUCACAAGAGAGGCCAUAUAAGAGCCAAAUGUAAGACUGUAGUAUGCCACAAGUGUGGGAUGGUUGGGGAUCAUUACGAGACCCAAUGUCCUACCACCAUGAUUUGUCUGAAGUGUGGACAAAAGGGCCACAUCGCGCUGAAUUGUACCAAUAAGCAGAAAAAGAAAGAAUAUUGUAGAGCAUGUGAUACGUUUAGUCAUAGUGAUGACAAAUGUCCAAGCAUAUGGCGGUCUUAUUUGACCCUUCCUCAGAAGAAAAAGGAAGAUGGACAAGAUAAGGACCAAGAUGAAGACGAGGAUGUCUUGGAGACUGUGUUGCCCGUGGUAUAUUGUUAUAAUUGUGGUGAUGACAUGCAUUAUGGAGAUGAAUGUCCUCAAACCAGAUCUUCUAGAGUGCCGAAUCAAAGUGGGAGUGCCUUCAGUGGGUCUAACUUGCCAAGACAUCUUAGAGAGAUCUAUUUUGAACGGUUAAAGAGUAAUAGAAAUUCAUAUAAUUCGUAUGGAUCGUAUGGUUCUGGGAACUACUCAGGAGGUUAUUCUGGUGGGUAUUCGUCUGGUGGCUCGGGGGGCUCUACUGGCUCUCGUGGCGGAUAUUCGGGUGGAUACCUGAACAUUGGGAACCAUUUCAUUGGCUCUAUUCCUGCCAAACCAAGCACUCAUACAAGAUUUGGAGCCAGUUCCAGAGACUUCGAUAGAGGUUCCAAUAAUAAUAAUAACAACAACAAUAAUAAUAAUAGAAACAAGGCCAAUUCCUCAAAGAAGAGACCAACAGGACCUAGAGAGUCCGGUUCUGGAAGACCCUCUGGUCCUAGAGAAGGUAAUGGAAGACCAACAGGCCCUAGAGCUUCUGCCCCCAAACUGUCCGGUCCCAAGCCGUCAAGAUCUGGUGUUCUCCCCAAGAACAACAACAACAGUAAUAACAACAAGAAGAGAAAUGCUGCUAAGAAUGGUUUGGUGGUGCAUUCUCCUUACAAUUCUCCCUACAAUUCCGGUGGGAAGAACAAUGGAGGCAAAAACACCCAAGCCCCAACUAGACUGGGCAUUCUUUCCGCCCGUAAGAACGGGAACAACAACAACGGCAAACGGGGUGGUCUGGGGCCAAAUUACUAG